AAGCAUUUACCAUACAGGCUACAUCACUCACUCCCUAAACAAUGACAUCGAGGCUAAGACCCUCAAUUUUAGUUCAAUCAGCAAAAAACCCAUUUGGCCUUGGAUCAAAUUGCUCAAAAACAACUCAUUCACCUCCUAAAUCUCCCUCUUUUCAAGCUUUGGUAGCCAAUAUGUCCUCAAAUGAGGCUAUGUCAAAUGUACAUUCUCCUGCUAAACUCAUUGAUUCUCACCUCCAUGUUUGGGCAUCUCCCCAAGAGGCUACAGAAAAAUUCCCUUAUUUCCCAGGCCAAGAACCUACCUUAGCUGGACAUGCUGAUAUCUUGCUUGAGUGUAUGGAAGAAGCAGGUAUUGAUGGUGCAUUAAUUGUGCAGCCAAUUAACCACAAAUUUGAUCAUUCUUAUGUUACAAGCAUUUUGAAGAGAUACCCCUCCAAAUUCUCUGGUUGUUGCCUAGCAAAUCCUGCUGAUGAUGGAAGUGGAAUUGAACAACUAGAGGAUCUUGUCUCCAAGGAUGGAUAUUGUGCAGUUCGUUUUAAUCCAUAUCUAUGGCCAUCUGGUCAGAAGAUGACAAAUGAGAUAGGCAAGAAAAUGUUUUCCAAGUCCGGAGAGCUCGGUAUACCAGUAUGCUUCAUGUGUAUGAAGGGUCUAAAUAUGCAUUUUUCUGAGAUUGAGGAACUGUGCACAGAAUACCCUUCAACUCCUGUAUUAAUAGAUCAUAUGGGUUUCUGCAAGCCGCCAACCAAUGAUGAUGAAAGCCCGGCCUUCUCAAAUCUUUUAAAGUUAUCUCGAUUCCCACAGGUUUAUGUAAAAUUCAGUGCCCUGUUCAGGAUCUCCAGAGAGCCAUUUCCAUACCAGGACUUGUCCUCUCCAUUGUCUCAAGUCGUCUCGAGCUUUGGUGCGAAUAGAAUUAUGUGGGGCAGUGAUUUUCCAUUUGUGGUCUCCGAAUGUGGUUACAAAGCAGCAAAAGAAGCCGUAUCUCUAAUUGCUAAACAAGCAGACUUGUCACCUUCAGAGUUGAAUUGGAUAAUGGGUGGAACAAUCAUGAAGCUUUUCCAAGGACAUUGGCUUUGUACCUGAGCUUGAUGAGAUCUUUGGUGUAUCGAUGGUGUUAUCAACUAGUUUAAUUGGUAAGGUUAGAGUUGGUACACGUACCCCAUGAUCGAGAAUUGAAUUCUGUCUACAUCAUUGUCCUUACAGCUCCGCAUACACUCCAAAGGAGUACAUUUGUGCAAUAACUUUUUAUGGUAUCUAUAAGGGACGACUUUUAUGCUGAUAAACAGUAACUCCCUUGUUUAAAUUGAAGACUAUCAUCUACCAUUUGCUUGAUCAUCCAUAAAUAUGAAUUUACUUUUAUUA